AUGAGCUCGAACAAGAGGAAUGGUUCUCCAGAACCAUACCAGCAAGAAUUUCAACCGAACCACUAUUGCUUACGCAAAACCUUGGCCGGCGCAGUCAAUAUCGAGGUCGUUCGAAUUCGUGAAGGAAAAUCGCAAGAUUUGCGCUCCGUUGAAGCUUGGUUUGGGGCUGACGCAAAGCUAGACCAACUCCAGGAGACUCUCGGUCCUGAUGAAUCUCCUCUCAGACUGCAACACGUCAACUUAGACUCAGCGCACCAAGGUCUGUUUGCAGCCCAACCUUGGAUUCCUACAAUCUAGAUAGCGUUCGGAGCGCCAACCAGCCCAACUCAUGAUAAGAUUUCGGCAACACGGUGCGAAGGGCUUCCAGGCAAUACGUCCUAAUCAAGAUUCACCGG